AUGGGAGGCCCAUCAGGGGGCUCCAGUGGUUUCCUGCCUGUCAAGAGCUCCUGUGAUGGCCCAAUGGAGAACCCAAUGGAAGACUCCGGCCUGGGUGAAGCCAAGGUGACCAGUGCCUGCUCAAAGCUCCCAGAUAGCAACAACCUCCCCAUCAGUGGUCACCCUGCACCUGGUCCCUGGGCCUGCCCCGGGAGUCCUGUGGACGCAUUCAUUGAUUUCCUUUAUUGGCGAACUCCUCUCCCUGACAUCAGCCAGGACUUGCAGUUGUUUCUGAGUGCGGCUGUGCCGCAGGAAGAAGGCCGCUGCAGAUCCGAGCCCGUGUGCGGCAGCUCUGUGGCCAGGAGCGAGAUUCAGAAAGUCCUCGACAGUUUGCAGGAGCACAUGAUGAACAAUCCAGAUGUUCAAGAUCCCAAUCCGGCCUCUGACAGCUGGCUGGCUCCGUCGGCCUCGUCCCUGCAGAGUGAGCCCUCUGUGGCCAGGAUAUUACCAAGCACAGAUUCAGGCGAGCCCUGCCCUGGAACCCGUGACCAUCUGGGGAUCCAGCAGAGGCAUGACCCCGUCCCACUUGAGGAGAAUAAAUCUAAACUUCAGGAUAUUAUUCCUCAGCCCCUAUUGGAUGAGUAUGUGUCGAUGACCGACCCAACUCGAGCCCAGACUGUUGAUAGUGACAUAGCCAAGCACUGUGCAUACAGCCUCCCAGGGGUGGCGCUCACGCUGGGCAGGCAGAAUUGGCACUGCCUGAAGGAUACAUAUGCAACACUUGCUUCCGACGUGAAGUGGAAGGUACGUAGGACCCUGGCCUUCUCCAUCCAUGAGCUGGCUGUGAUUCUCGGGGACCAGUUAACGGCUGCUGACCUGGUACCCAUCUUCAAUGGAUUUUUAAAAGACCUGGAUGAAGUACGAAUAGGAGUUCUUAAACACCUGUAUGAUUUCCUAAAGUUGCUUCAUGAAGACAAGAGGAGAGAAUAUCUUUAUCAGCUUCAAGAAUUUGUAGUGACCGAUAACAGCAGGAAUUGGAGGUUUCGAUAUGAACUAGCAGAGCAGCUGAUACUGAUUUUGGAACUGUAUAACCCCAAUGAGGUUUAUGAUUAUUUAAUGCAUAUUGCCUUAAAGCUAUGUGCAGAUAAGGUUUCCGAAGUGCGGUGGAUCUCCUUCAGACUAGUUGUGGCAAUUCUGCACAAGUUCUAUUCAAACAGUGAAAGUGCUUUGGGGGUAAAUUUCAUCGCUGAACUCAUCCUAAGGUUCCGGCACUGUUCAAAGUGGGUUGGAAGGCAAGCUUUUGCUUUCAUUUGCCAGGCAGUGGUGAGUGAGGAGUGUAUCCCUGUGGACCAGUUUGUUGAACACUUACUCCCCAGCCUUCUAAGCCUUGCCUCAGACCCUGUGCCCAAUGUCAGGGUGUUGCUCGCCAAAGCGCUGAGGCAGACACUCUUGGACAAGGCAUACUUUAGAAAUGCUGGCCACCCUCAUCUUGAAGUCGUUGAAGAGACCAUCUUAGUUUUGCAGUCAGAUCGGGACCCAGAUGUCUCCUUUUUUGCCACUCUGAAGCCAAAGUGGGGGAAUCUUGUGGACACUACCAUGUUGGGGGAACAGAAUUGA